AUGCCUAAUCUGGUAUUGGAGACUAAAGAGAAGGAAAGUGAGAUGCUUAAACUGCAAGAGAAGAAGGCUAAAAUGCAAGUGGAAACCAAAGAGAAGGAUGACAAAAUACAACAUCAAGGCCCUGACAAGCUCGCUAACCUUCAAAAGUAUGUCCAUGCUAUCCUUACGCAGAACGUUGAGCUCCACGAAUACGUAAUUCCUCGACUGUUUAUCAUUCUACCUGUCGAUCACACCAAGUGGGAUCCAACGAAUGUCUUGAAGAACAAAAUUCGUGUUCAUUUCCUAUGUGAAUGUGGAGAUCACACUGCAAUGACAAGCAAGAAUAGUCAGAAGCCACUCCAUAUCACCAAACAUGAUGGAUAUGAGAUCCGAAGCAGCACAGAAUUCUUCCGCAAGUACGGAAAGCACAUGUUUAUCCUUUUAAAGUGGCUCAAGUUAGGAAUGACCUCGUCUACAUCUCUGGCACCAUCCCCAAAUUUGAUGGAUGCUGGUAUCGAUUGUUCAAUCGACUAUAUGGAAGCACUCUCUAAGGAGGAUCCAGACUUGAGCAACAUUACUACAAUCGAUGGCUAUGAAAGGCUUAAAGGAGUUGAUCUCCAACAGCUGGGAGCGUCUUUUCGAAUUAAUGAUUUAGGCAGGCACUUUGGCAACCUGUACAGGAUCAUGGCCGAAGCAGGUCAUCUCAAAUGGAGAUGUUUCGAUCACUGUCGUUCGAUGUAUAAUGAAGAAGAACAGAAAGUUUUUGAAUAUGCAGUGAAGACGAACAGUGGCAAGUACGACUCGCAUCUUGGAAAAUUGAUUAUCACAUUGAAAUCAGAAGACGGGGCUAAAAGGUUCUUCAAUGCCUUAACCAACGCAAGACGUGUUUACGAGCUAUAUGCCACGUUUGGCUGGGAUUGGACGGAGACAGACCUUGAAGCAUUUGAGAAUGCUUUGGCGGUAUCAAGUGUAUCAACUCUUCGACUUGGACUUGGACGGCUUCAAGAAAGCAGCCUCAAGAAAGUACUUUCAACAUCCAGGCAAUAUGAAACAGUUAUUCGUGUCAUAGAGCUCAGUAAUAUGAAAACGAUUUAUAUUGUUCUAUCCCCAGACCUCAUAAAACUUCUCAAUUUAUGGCCCAGAAAAUUGUCGCGCCUUCAUAAGUUAACCUUUGAGACGAGCGCUCAAGCAGUUGGAGCCAGUGAGCUGUUAGAGCUUGCAAGCUCACUCAAGACUAACACAGCAUUGGCUAUUUUGGACUUGAAGAACAACUCGCUUGGGAAUGAAGGGACUGUGGUACUAUCGGAGGCGCUCAAGGCUAACACCACUUUGACUACCUUGGGCUUGUGGUGCAAUUCAAUCGGGAAGGAAGGAGCUCUGGCGUUGUCAGAGGUGCUUGAGACUAACAAGACUUUGACGACUUUGAAUUUGCAGUACAACAAAAUUGGGGAUGAAGGAACUCUGGCACUCUCAGAAGUACUCAAGAUCAACACUACCUUGACUAUUUUGGACUUAAAGGGCAACUCAAUCGGAAAGAAAGGAGCUCUGGUGCUGUCAGAGGCACUAAAGGUUAGCACAUCGUUAAUCGUUAUAGAUUUAAGUGAGAACUCAUUUGGGAAGGAAGGAGUUCUAGUACUGUCAGAGGCACUUAAAGUCAACGCAACUUUGGCCACCUUGAGCCUGAGAUACAAUUCAAUUGGGGAUAAGGGAGCUUUGGCGCUAUCAGAGGCGCUUAUGGCUAACACAACUUUGACCACUAUGGACUUGAGUGCAAGCUCAAUUGGAAGGGAAGGGAUUUUGACGCUGUCAAAGGCACUUAAAACCAACAUAACUUUGACUACUUUGAAUUUGCAGUCUAACUCAAUUGAAGAUGAAGGGGCUCUGACUCUGUCCGAGGUACUCAGGGCCAACACUACUUUAGCGACUCUGGACUUAAGUUACAAUUCCAUUGGAAACGAAGGAGCUCGAGUGCUGUCAGAAGCACUCAAGGUUAACAUGACUUUGAUCACUUUGGGCUUGUGGCGCAACCCAAUAGGGGAUGAGGGGACAAUGGCACUGUCAGAGGCGCUCAAGGCUAACGCUACUUUGAAUACUCUGCAUUUGGAGGGCAUCUCAUUGGAUUGA